UACAUCAAAUUUUACGACGAUGCAACCUCAGUCAGUCUGUCCGUCAAUAGGAACGAAAGCUAAUAAGAUUUGGCCCUAUGAUGAAUACUAUUGUGGAGACAAAGAUGAAAUGGAAAGGAAGAAUGGCAAUGGAAACAUUCAUUGGACUGGGGCGAAGUCUUUAGAGUGGUACAGUGGCUGCAUAACCAGGGACGUGAUGCACGGACCUGGUGAGUACAGAUGGAGACACAGAGGUGACGUGGGCGCACACCAUACGUAUGAAGGCCGCUUCCAUUGUAACCGCAUGCACGGUUAUGGGACCAUGUCGUAUCCAGAUGGACGAGUCUUUACCGGUUUAUUUCAUAGCAACAUGCGAUGGGGACCAGGUGUCGAAUCUCACGCAUGUUUAAAGGUCGAUGUGGGUCUUUGGCGUGGUACGCAGCUCGUUCGACUGGUGUGGCGACCGGAGACUCCAAGUAUAGCACCAGAUUUGUACGCCACCACCGCUGGUCGCGCUUGUGUAGAUCCUCACCGAGUGAUGAUGAUCACUACUUACAGAAAUAUCGGCGAAACUAACAGCGCGUUAGAUCUUCUGAAACAAUAUGGAAGUGAUCCUAGAGUUGCUGCAGACAUGUGGGAUAAGCUUUAUCCACAAAACUGCACGGACUUAUCUAGUAUACUCUGCCAUGUUGAGUACUUCGAAAACGAAUAUUACAAAGGACGGAUUAAUAUGCUGCAAGAAGUAUCUUGUAUACCAGAAUACAAAGAAGACGUUAGUCAUGACAGCGUAGAAAGUCAACAGAAUUUCACAACAUACUUUGCUUGGAACAACAACCAAGUGACUAUUCACAUGAUGAAGCACAGUUACACACACGACUAUCAAAGAGACGAAACAGAAAUCAACUUGACCGAAGUCUUGUGUGGUCCCCGAAAGCAGUUCAAACCAGCUGGACAACAUGAACUGGAUUGCAGGACUUUGUUGAUGGCCAGUUACCUCGGACAUACUAAAAAUGUUGUGCAAUUGGUAAAUCAGGGCAAUAUACACCCUGAUAUUGCUGAUAGUCUUGGUAACUCUGCCGUUAUGUAUGCUACUUGCGGGGAUCGCGCGGAAUUGAUUCAUUUCUUAGUAGAGGCUGGUGCUAAUGUAAACAGCUACAAUGACUCAUGUUGUACGCCUCUAGCUGUAGCACUUAUCCGAUUUAUUUGUGCUCAGAAAGAUAUAUCAUUUAGUGGUAUGGUACAAGCGUUAUUGCCGCCUCCUGUCAUACCAGCACCGCCUCCUGUGGAGCAGAAGGUAUUUGAAUGGAAUUUCUCUCGGGAUCAAACCGUUAUCUUUGGUGGAGUUGGAGGAACGUUAACUAGAACUCCAAGCAAAGUGUCUAAGGCAGUAACAGCUACUAAAAAGGUCAAGUCAUCCCAUUCUCUCCAAACCCUCGGGAACGUAAGAAAAAAAACUGACACUACGAUAUCAAAACCGCCCGUAAUAUUAGAACAUGCGUCACAAGAAUCUUUUUCUGAAGAAAAACGAAUAUACACCAACAUUAAUAACGAAUUUAUGACAAGAGUAAACGAUCUUUUCUUACGACCAAGUGGCAUUAGUCCUAUUCCGUAUUUAUUCGAAGUCAUCGAUAUGGUUCAAGAAGUUGAGGCUGGUGAAGAAGAUCCAAAAAAACCACCAGAUAAAAAUCCCAAAAAGAAUCUCUCAAAAGUUUUGAAGGAUACGAUGAAACCCAGUAAAGAAAUGAUGUGGCAGAGUACUGAUAAAGACGAAUUUUCGUCUGUGGAUAGCAUUGAAAAACUUAAAUCUGAAAUGAUAGCUAAUAUUCGUUUGACUAUUAUUCAACUACUUGAGGACGGUGCUAAUCCAAAUUUGGUUAGAUGUCCCAAACCUGCCUUAUUUUUGGCAAUAAUAGCAGGUUCUCCAGAAUUAGUUAAGCACUUGGUCGAUCACGGAGCGGACAUUAACGAAGUUUACAAAGACACGUUUGGCUACACUCCUUUGGAUUUGGCAGUAUCUCGUCAGUUCACAUACGACAAUCUGGAAAUGAUUAAAGUUGUUUUGGAAUGCGGAGCUACAACUUUCCAUAGACUGCGUUAUGGAGAAUUCUCCUCUACGGAUUCUGUGCUACCUGAACCGUGUGGUCCUAACUUGUUACACGCUGUGCUGGCCAGAAAAACGGAGGGGGAAUCUGAAGAGGAGAUAAGGCAUAAUAUAUUGGAACAUCUCCUUGAAUACUACUGCAACCCACUUCUUAAAUUCAAAGGACGUUCUCCUAUUGACAUUGCGAUGACUAAGAGCAUGGAUCUCCUUGACAUAUUUAUUCGAAGUCCGACGACAAAACUGAAUGCUCUUAUAAACGAUUCGAAUCAAACGGUCCUUGUCAAAAUGUUCUCAUUACCGUUUUUUAAAACGGUGGUGCCAUCAGAGCGAUUACAAACACUUACAAAUCUAUUAUUAUUUGGAGCUGACCCUCUGAUAGAGUGUAUGAAUGGCAGCGACAUAUAUCCAAACAUAUUUGUGUUUGCAAUGAAGACUCUCGGGGAAUUGGAAAGUUCCCAGAGCAAACCAGCUGUCGCAUCACCAAAUAAAGAUGCCAAAAAAGUGGCCGAAAAACCCAAAAAAGAGACAUUGUCAACCAAGUCUCUAGGAAAACUAGGUAUGGAUGAUGUUGGUGACUAUAAGCAAGCUAUCGACUUGGUGACUGAAUGCGCUAGGCUGCUGCAUGUGCGGUGGUUGCAAGCGAAACUGAUGAAAGAAUUGGUUGAGAUUAUCGAUAAAUACAAACACCGGCAAUGGAACAUAAUCAUUAGAGAACACAAACGUAAAAAGAGCGCAGGCCUCUGGCUGACGACUCAGCGAUGUCUUGAAAUUUGGGAUAUCCUGAAGCUAACCAAAAGGAAGAUGUACAAUGACAACCGGAUUCUAAAGCAUUUGCUCUACAUAAUCCAGUAUUACAACAGGUUGGACAAGAUAAUGCCUUCUGUUCAUCCGACAGCAGAAGAAAAGUCGUCGAUAGAGUGUAACAUAAACUAUCUUCUGAAAGAACGUAUGGUAGCCACCAAGCUCACAGAUGUGGAUAUGACUUGGAAGAGACCUUAUGUAAAACCGGAGCUAACUUCUAGAUCUGAUGAGGACAAGUUUAACAUUUGCUUCGAGUGCGCCCUUCCCUUUAUCAAAGAGAAAAUUCAGUGUGUAUCAUGCAAACUCGUCUCGUUUUGCUCCUUCGACUGCAUGAGACUCAACAUCGACCGGGCUAACUGUCACCCUUGCAGUAUUUAUUUGAAAAAUAAGUACUUCCCGAGCCCACCGGAAAGUGGAACUCAAGAUAUAUUUUAA